GCGGCGCCAGCAGGAGGCAGGUGACCUACGUGCGCAGCGGGCGCCGAGCGCCUCCGGAGGGCGGCGGGAGCGGGACGCCGGAGCCGGGCUGCUGCGCCCCGCGCGGGCGUCCCCGCCGGAAGAUCGCAUGCAAUCACAUGAGCACAGACAGCCUAGCUACGGAUUCCAGCCCUGCAAAGAAGCCUUGGUCAGUCUGUCUUGAUGACAGGUUUGGCUUAGCUCAUCAAAUCCGCAACAAGCAAUGCCGCCUCUACUCUUUAGGGCUGGGGAGUGAUGAUACCCAGUUUGAGGUUAGCAUGGCCAACAAUGGAUGUGAAGUCCAUCGUUUUGAUCCUAGUGUGAAGUCGGCUCAUAUUUUGGGGAGUCAGCGUCUCUGGUAUCACCGCUUGUCCAUUGACUGGCGAGACCCGCAUCCAGCUGUUGCUGCCCAAAAACCGCACAGCAACACCAGAAAACUGGGAACCAUUUUGAAUGAAUUUGGGCAUCACAAGAUUGAUGUUCUCAAAGCAGAUCUGGAGAGUGCGGAAUGGAAAGUUUUAGAAAAUCUUAUUCUGGAAGAUGUCCUGGAACAAAUUGGACAGCUCACCUUUGAGAUUCAUCUCCACUGGCCCGGGUUUGAGGUCAGUGGCAGUGACAGUAGUGUCGUGCGUUUCUGGUACAGCCUCCUCAAAGAGUUAGAACUCAAGGGUUUCAGGCUUUUUCAUAGCUACAAAGAUCUAUCUAAACCCCAGCUGUUCCUGAAGAAAGACAUUUUCAAUGCAAGUAGCUGUUAUACUCUGAGUUGGGUGAAUACAAGAUGGACCUAGGAUGCAGGACCUCAUGGAGAACUCCAGGAAAUAACUGCAGAACGAGACAUAUCCAGCGUUCUAAUUAUCAGUGUCCUUGUCCAGUCUCCUCCCACUAGGCUGUUAGCUGCUCCGGGAGGGGGUUGUGUUACUGCCUUUGUAGUGCACGUAGCCUGGCACCUGCCCUGUGGUAGGGGACACAGUUAACACCUGUGGGUGGGAUGGAUACAGAAGUGCCACAGUUGUCCAUCUCCAUCUGCCCAAGCCCAGGCCUUUCGCCUGUUUGCCUCCUUCUUCGUUUUAACUGGGAAGAUAACCCCCCACUUAUCUGUUUUCCCUGAAAUUCAUUAUGUAUCUAAAAUCCAUGAAUCCACCAACAUGAAGAAGAAAUUACAUAAAAUUUCCAUUUUUACCGGGUUGAUGAGAUUCUUAAGUUUGUGGCUUCCUGUUUAAAAUAGGGCCUUUCCUUUGACUUUCACUCCCCUCUUUGAAGGUUUUUCUUACUCACCUGGUCCAUGACAUUCUUUAGUAGAUUUCAGUCAUUCCUUUGCUGAGGCCAUGCUGUGGCUUUAUAAGCACCCCUGAUUCUGGAGUCUGGGGACUCAGACAUACCAAAUUCUGUCACUGAGUUUAAAAGACCAGACUCUGAAGAACUUCAACUCAGGAUUCUUUUCAGACAGCCUUAAAUCCCUUUCUGUUUCUAUGAAACUAAGCACAAAGCAGAAAUUGGGUGUCUUUGCUAUUGCCUCCCCUGACUUCAAACCUGAUUUCUCGACCACAGCUUUGCCUAUGCUGCCAAGUCUUUUUUUUUUUUUUAAAUACAUUAUGUCAAAGAUCAAGUGAGUUUUUCUCUACUGCCAAUUGGCAUUUGUUAGAAGACCGUGGCCUGAGAAAGUCUGUCUCUUUCCUGGGAUGCUUACAUAGUGUUUCAGUAAUGCCAAUCCUUUCUAUAUUUUUAAAAAUUAAACAGAAAAUGUAGCUUCUCAGUAGUUCAAAUGAUCUCCAUCAUUUUUAUUUACGGGAUUAGACGUUUAUCCCCAGGAAUGAUUUUCAAAAAUUCUAUUCCAAAUAAGUCAAUUAAAUAGCAUAAAAAUAAACCAAAUUAUUACCUUAUUAUAAAUUAAGUAUGUUUUCCGGCAUUUUUUACAUCAUGAGAGAGCAGGAAAACUAUACAUACAUUGUUCAAGAAAUUUGGGGAGAGAGGGGCGCCUGGGUGGCACAGCGGUUAAGCGUCUGCCUUCGGCUCAGGGCGUGAUCCCGGCGUUCUGGGAUCGAGCCCCACAUCAGGCUCUUCUGCUAUGAGCCUGCUUCUUCCUC